AUGCUCGCCGAGAUUCGCGGUGAGAGUGCGGUGGUCGGAAAGUCGUCUCCCGACCCGCCUCGGAAGGACAAGAGCAGCGGCGGCAAGGACAAGAGCAGCAGCGGCAAAGAGAAGAGCAGCAGCGGCAAAGAGAAGCAUGGGAAGGAGAGGCGAAGAAGUCUGGAUGGGGGGAAGAAGCACCACGGUAAAGGCAAAGGAACGUCGUCAGAACCUCUGUCGCAGCAGCAGCAGGAGCAGGAGCAGCAUGGGUCGUCGCAUGGGUCGUCGCAUCGUGAUCGCGAGGAAGGAGAGGGCACGGACGCGACGUUUCGCAAGUGGUACAACAGUAAAAGCCGCAAGCUCGCGCUGCUGGUCUCGCAUGACGGCAGCAGCGACCCUCACAAGCGCGCCGAGCCCGCUAAUACCACUGCAGCUUCAGCUACUACUGGGACUGCGGCUAUUAAGGCCACCACUCCUGAGCAACACGGCUCGCAAUCCACGCAAGGCAAUGACGCGCAUCCGCAUUCCCAGCAUCACACGCCGCAUCACACGCCGCGCACCGCCUCCCGCUUUCACGGGCUCUUCCGCAAGUCGUCCACCACCGACUUCCCACCCCCCGGCGCGCUCGACUCCCCUGGCGCAGCCGCGGACGGCGGAAAAACUCCCCCCGCCGCAGGCGCGAGCGCGGGCGAUGUGACGCCGGAGCAAAUGUUAUCCCCCGCGAUGCUCUCUCCGGUAGAUGCGCACGCGCGAGGCGGGGUGGCAGCGGCGCUUAAAAAGGGCAUGUGGAAAUUCAACGCGCUUCGGCGCUCCGUCGGAUCCCCCGCAGCGUCCGCUUCCGGAACGGGGGGUAGCGGUACCGGUAACAGCGGCGAGGUGUGUAACAGUGGCGAAGACACGGGGGUGGGUGCCGAGAGCAGCGACGCUAGGCCCUCCAAAUCAUCGUCGACACUAAAGUCCCCUGUGGGGAAGACGCGGAGCAGCGCAAGCAGAUGCGCAGAAACUGCAGGUGGUACAACCACCACAACGGCAGCGACAGCGUCCGCAGCAACAGCAACAGUGCGACCGCAGACCGCAGACGCCGCUACUGCGAGCCCCAGGGGCUUCAUGGGCGCAUCGUUCUCCUUCUCCCUAGACAGGCGGAAGGAAGCCGCGAAGAAGACCACCCUGCUCCCGCGCACCCCUAGCCCCCUCGCCAGCCCUGUUAAUUCAGGCGCGCCGGGCGGAAAGGUGCCGAGUGUAUCGAGCGCGGAGGGCCCCGGGGCGGUCCCGGCGUCGUCCCCGCUGUCCACGCCCUCGCCGCUGCUGACUCCGCUGGGCGCGGAGGGCAGGGGCAGGCGGAAGUCGCUCCUGGACUGGGACCUCGUUUCCCCCACGGCCGCGGGGCUGCUCGGGGGAGCGUCGCGCAUGUUCGGGCGGGAAUCGCGCAAACAGCAGCAGCAGCAGGUGGGAGGGGGCGAGGGAGGAGGGAGUUCGGCGGGCGUUGUUGCGUGUGUGAGGCCGAACACCAGCAGCGGCAGGAGGGUGGCCCGUCGGAGCAGCACGGGAGGGAAGAAGGAGCUGAAUAGGUCGCCUGGUGGUGGGGACAGCCCCGCUGGAGAUGACGCAGGCGCAGGGAGAGGCGCGGGAGGUGGGGUGCCUGUGUCUGUAUCCGAUAGUACUCCGCAUAUGGUGCUGGGACGAGCAGUGGCAGAGGGUAGAGGAGAUGGGGAGCAAGCAGGGGCGCGUGCUGCUGCUGAAAGUGCGGCGCCAGAGCAGCGCGGCAUGCAGCAGCAGAAUGAAGCGGGCGGCGAGGGGCAGGGGGGGUUACAGGUGGGCGUGGGGGAGGGAGGGCUGGGAGGAACCGACAGGGUGGAUUCGGGCAGGACUAUCAGCUGGGAGAGAGGCCUGGAAGGCGUCGGGUUGGGAACAGGCUCCUUUGGUGGCCUGGCUGCUGCCGGUGCAGGCGCAGCAGCAGCAGGGACAGCGUCUGCUGUCGCAGCUUCAUUUCGCAGGGAGCGGCGACUGGGUCGCAGCAGGUCCCGAGCAGCAGCAAGUGGAGAGCUGCUAGCGCGAGCAGUGAUGUCCCCUUCUCUCCUCGACUCUGAUCCGCUGCUAGCCGUAGAUGCUGCUCUGGCUUCCGUUGAUGCCUCCUCCUCUGCCGCCUUCUGUGGCUCAGGAGAGUUUACCCUAGAUCAGGUUCUUUCCCCGCUUACUGUCCCGAACACGCCCAGCGGCAGCAUCCCCAACACGCCAUCGUCAGCUAUUCUCUUCUCUCCGCGUAGUGGUGCGCAUGCGUGGGUCACGCCUUCCCCCCGCCCCGCGCGUAGUCCCAGGGGGUCUAGCGUGGAAGGGGCUGCGGCAGCAGCAGCAGCAGCAGCGGCGGCGGCAGGGGCGGUAGGGGGAGCAGGGGGGGCAGGGGGGAGUGUUGGGGCGCGCAGGCACCAGCGGCACCGCAGCAAGUCGCGGUCUGGCGCGGAUUUGGCGGGAGUGCUGGCGUGGGGGGAGGGCGGAGGGGCAGGACUCUCGGCUCUGGGUGCUACGAGCCCGCGUGGUGGCAAGGGAGGGAUGGUGGGCGGAGAGAAGGAGGGCGAGGGGAAGGAGAAGGGGGAGGGAACGGGGAAAGGUGGCGGAGGAGGGGAUGGGAAGGCAGGAGGGGAGGGGAAGGCAGCAGAGCGGUCGCACUCGCACAGACGAUCCAAGUCUCGCGUGCGACCAGACAUGCUGCAUAUACCGCCCAAGCACCACGGCGAGGCGUGGGCGCAGGGAGGAGGGCCCAGAAGCGCGCCCAAUGCCGCUGCCGCUGCCACAGCUGCUGCUCUCAGCGGUGCAGAAGCGAAUGAGCGGCGGGAGCAGAGGCAGAGGAGGAGGGAGAGGAGCCGGUCCAGGGUGAUGGUGGAGGAAGGGCAGGAGGAGGGAGAGGAGGGCGAGGAGGAUGAAGAGAUUUAUGAGGACGAGUUAGAGGGUGAGUAUGUUGAUGGAGAGGAGUUGAUUAGUGACAGUGAGGAAGAGCUUAUGAGUGAGGAUGGCGGGUCUGUGAGUGGCGAUGCUGGGUUUGAUUCCGAGUACAGUGAAGCCAUGUAUUCGGAAGGGGAGGCGGGGCGCAUGUAUGGCGACGACGAGCACUCAACGGAGGAGCAGGAAGAGGAGGAGGAAUACAUAGACACAGAUGAAGUAAGCCCCCACAGCUACAGCCGCAGCCACAGUCACAGCCACAGCCAUGACCAUGAGGACCUAGACCUAGACCUAGAGCAUGAGGAGCUGGAUGGUGUAGGUGCAGGUGGUGUGGGUAAUGACUAUGACCAUGACCAUGACCAUGACCAUGACCAUGACCAUGACAUACACGAGCCCAUAGACGAGGACAUGCCUCCAGAGCUGCUCUAUGUGCGCACGCUCUCCAUCAUGCGCCGCCCAGAAAUCGCCCACGCGCACGGGCAUGGCCACGCGCACGGUGGUGCUCCUGCCGUGGCCGCAGCCCGCGCGCUCCACCGGGAGUUUGGACCCGUGGCGGCGGCGAGAAGGCGCGCGCAGCAGUGCAGAGACCAUUGGUCGUGGCUGUUCAUGCAGUAUCUUGAGAUGAUGCUGCAGCGCCUGGCGGGGCAGGAUGAUGAUGAUGACGCUGUGUCGCUCAUGCCCGGCGGUGCAGCCCCGCAUGCGUUCAGUAUGGAUGAUGAGGAGGAGGAGGAUGAGUGUGUCGUGCCGUAUGGAACGAGCCGCGGUGCAGGAGGUGGGGGAGGCGGUGGGGGAGGCGGCGGUUCAUCUGCGUCGUCGUCCCGCGGCCGAGCAGGGCCGGUGUCUUCUCUGUCAGAUCGGUCGUGGUCCGAUGCGGCGCCUGUGUGUGUUACGCGCAUCACGCACCGCCGCCGCAGCCGGCACUGGUCCGCCACCGAAGCCGUGCGGGAGUUUGAAUGGGUGCGGCGGAAGUUCAGAGGAGUGGCGGACAGCGCGGAGAAGCUCAGCGAGGCGCAUGUGGGGGAGGUGUUUGUGGCAGGGCUGGCCGUGUGGCUUAAAUACUGGGAGCAGUGGGGCGAGGUGAAGCCGCAGUGGGUGGUGGAGGAAGAGGAGGAGGAGGAGCAGGCGAGCAGGGAUAGGGAGAGGGAUAGUGUGAGCGGAGGUGGGAGCAGUGUGGGCGAGUUUUUGUCGCCCCGGUUUCCUGACUCUGCUGGUGCGCAGGAACGCGAACUGAGCAGCAGCAGCAGCCGGCACGAGCAGCACCAUUCAAGACGACGCAGCCACGCGAGCAGCACAGCAGGAUCAGCAGGAGGCGCUGCCGAUGCGGGAGAUUUCUCAGCAGCAGCAGCAGGGCACGGGGCAGGGGUGGGCAAGGGAUGGGGGCCGGAAGGGAGCCUGCAGGCCAGGCUUCUAGCAGAGGCGCUAGGCACAGGGCCGCCACAGCCAGCCACGUGCUCCCAUGAUGAUAUUCUCCUGGUAGCCGGGCUAGGCGCGGCGAUUAGUUCCUGGCAACCUGCCACGGCGUGCAUGUGUCUGCUGCGCCUGCUGCACCGCAUCGCGCGCUUCGAGCUCCUCGCGAACAACUUCGCGUGGCCGCGAGAAGGGUCCCUCUUCCGGGAGGGAUCUGGGGUGCUGCUGGGCCGAGAGGGCAGCGGUAACUUUGCCUUGCAGGCCAGAGCAGCGUCGUCUCGGUCGCUCACGCCGCCUGCUCGCGCUUCUGGCUUGGCUGGGUCGGGGAACGUGGGGGGGCUGCUGGGUGGUGCUGGUGGGGGAGGAGGAGUGGGGGCGGCGGCAGGAGCGGCAGGAGGUAGUGCAAGUGGGGGGAGUCAGCCCGGGUCUCCUGGGUGGACUCGACGCCGUGCGGUUUCUAAUUCUGGGCCUUUGGAAGGUGUGGGUGGUAUGGGCGGGGGAGGAGGAUAUGGUGCUGGUGCUGGGGCAGGGGCAGCAGCAGCAGCAGCAACAGCAACAGCAACAACAACAGCAGCAGCCGCAUGCGAAGCACAGUCUGCUGUCCUUCCCCGUUGCUUUCCCCCGUCCCUCAUCCCCCCCUGGCAGCCCAUGCGGCUAGCAAGCCUCGCGGAGGUGGCUUUAGCAGAGGGUAUCGCGCGCGCCAAGCACAGCAACCUCUCGGAGCGAUGCGAGGAGAUAGACCGGUUGUACUACAGCCUGGGCCUCGGCCCGGGUGUUCUAGCCAUGAACCUCGCGGCAGAAAUGAGGGAGAUGAAGCAUUUACACCCCGACGAUCUCGUCUCCCUCGCUCUGCAUAUGGAGUCGCUGAGGUUGGAGGAGGCGGCGUUUCACGUGGUGCUGUGUGCGGUGGCGUCUGGACGGCUGGCGGCUGAUGGGUUUGACCAUGUGAUCCGCAUGGUGUUUCAGGGCAGCGGGGCCGAGUCGGUCAACGCGAGAUUCGCGCGGCUUGCUAGUACGGUGAAGACUGCGCAUAUCGCGACGGUGGAAGGCGGAGGAGGGAGUGGGGGAGGGGGAGGAGGAGGAGGAGCAGGUGGUGGUGGUGGUGGAGGGGGGGCGGGCAACGGUCCUGGUGCUGUUGGCGGCGCUGGGAUCGAGCGCAGCAGCAGCGGCAUGAGCACGAGCAGCAGCAUGGGCAUGGAGCGCAGCGGCAGCGGCGUGAGCCGGCGCGACCGACCAGCAUCAUACGUAGCAGAGCUGGCAGACGCCAUGCUUCGAUGCACCGACAUGAAGCUCUGCCACCCGUGGGCGUACGAAGUGACUCUCAACUUCCUCCGCAUGCACUCCCGAGGCUUGCUCGGCGGCCCCGGGGCGGCCGGCGGUGCACUCGGGGUCUCCCGAAUGGGCAACGUUGUGGUGGACUGGAGGGAGAAGGAGCUCAGCGCGCUUACGGAGCUGCACCUGCCGCUGCUGCUCGAGUCCAUGCACGUCAAAUCUCUCAUGCACACAUACGAGGCCAUAGACGAGGAAGGCUCGUGCGCAGACCCACUAGACCUGGAAGUCUUUGACUGGGGCCUGCGAGGCCUCCUCCUCGCGCUCCCUGACUCCACGUCCCCCGCCCAGCGCCCAGCGGCGCUGCUGGAGAUUGUGUAUCCGCUGGACGAGGAGAAGCCGGAUCUGUCGCUGGCGAUCGCCUCUCGCCUUGCUGCCACUGUGGCUGACUCCCGCAAGUGGCCCAUUGCGGACGUGCCGGCGCUGGUGGCGCAGAUACUCACCAUGACCGAUGACUGGCAUUUAAGCAAUGAGCAGAAGUCGCGGGCAGUGAACGUGGCGUGCCGGCUGUGGGGAUGGGCCAUGCCCAAGCGCGCGCAGCUGGUGAAGCAAUGCGAUAACGCGGAGGAGGUGAGGGAGGUGUUGGAGAGGAGCGCUGCUUCUAUCUGGCGCUCCGUGGGUGCCUCAGGAUCAUCACCUCGAAACAUUUGA